AAGCUGUAGUUAAGGAGAGGGCCGACCUCGGGAGAGACGGGACGGAAGCUGGCGGAGUCACGGGCAAGGAGGCGUGCCGGCAGUGCGAAUGAAUGCAGCGUGCCUGGCAAGCAUCCCGAAUCUGGCGGCCCUGGCCUUGCAGCGUCCAAAAUAGCAGCCGUCGCCGUUGUGAUGCAUGGGGCUCGCGUGUGCAGCGCCUUCCACGGGUCGCAGUGCAGAGCAGGAAGUCGUACCUUUGUAAGAACAGCUGGCGGAUGGAUACGAAGAAAUCAUGGCCGCACCUCGACCGCUAUUCCACACCCACUACUGCUCCCGAGUCUGCCUUCUGCUCAGCCCGGCGAGGCCCACGCACCCUGUCGGCGUCGUGCGCGUACAGCGUCGUCAUUUGCAAACCCAGCCUUGCCGUGCAUGCCGCCGCCUCAACCACCAGCGACACCAUCGACGACACCACUGUUGGCGCAGUCCACUGCACUCGCACCCGGCCCCGGGCACCCUCGACUCGUCCGCACUGCUCUCCGCCGCCGCCGCCGCCUCUCCAUGCCCUCGCGACACUGCCAUCGUCCUGCCAGCGGCCGUGUAUAGCUCGCCCGCCGGCGCCCUUGACCUCCUGCACGUCACUCGUUGUGGCUCUGAUCCGGCCGACGCUCGUUCCCGUUUCCUUGGCGGCUUGCGACGAGUGCGAAGCUUU